AUGACCAACGCCGUUUGCGAGUCCAGAAACAGAUCCUGGGUGACAAUUGAACAGUGUCGCCUGCGUGCGAUAAGUCGCAACAAAACGGUGUUAAAUAUCGAAUUAACAUUUCUUCAGCCAGCGUAUAAAAUACACGUUAACAUACAGAUGAACAAGAAGGCCAACGGCUACAAGCCCUGGCUGGCCAACUAUUCGAUUGAUGCUUAUGCGUUUAUGCGUCGAGUCAAUCAUCCUGGUGUCAAAAUACUUUGGGAAAUGAUCAAGGACUGCUCGACGGUCAAUCAUACGUGCCCCUAUGUGGGCAAGCAAGCGGUGCGAGAUAUGUGGGCGGAUCUGCGGAAACUAAAGCUGCCUGUGCCGAGCGGCGAGUACUUGAUCCUCGCAACUUGGAUGUUGGACAUGAAGCCGCAGCUUGUGACCAAUGUUUACUUUACUUUAAGUCAGGAUAUGUUUAAGGAUUAA